AUGACCACUUCCCUGCAAGAUGGGCUGAGCGCCGCCGACAGGGCGGCUGCCCGCGACUCGCCGCUGGCCGCCCAGGUGGACGGCGCUGCCCAGGGGAGGGGCGACGCCCACGACCCCGCGCCGGCGUCCAGGCUGCCCCCUGCGGACGCGACCCGCGGCUGGGCGGCCGACAGGAGAAAAAAGAAAGAUCUUGAUGCUCUGGAAAUGCCAUCCAUUCCCAACCCUUUUCCUGAGCUGUGCUGUUCUCCGUUUACAUCUGUGUUGUCAGCAGGCCUCUUUCCCAAAGCAAAUUCAAGGAAAAAACAGGUGAUUAAAGUAUACAGUGAAGAUGAGACUAGCAGGGCCCUUGAGGUUCCCAAUGACAUAACAGCCAGAGACGUUUGCCAGUUGUUGAUCCUGAGGAGUCAUUGUGUUGAUGACCACAGCUGGACACUUUUUGAGCACCUACCUCACAUAGGUGUAGAAAGAAUAAUAGAAGACCAUGAACUAGUGACCGAAGUGCUAUCUAACUGGGGAAUGGACGAAGACAAUAAGUUGUUCUUUAGAAAAAAUUAUGCCAAAUAUGAAUUCUUUAAAAACCCAAUGUAUUUUUUUCCAGAACAUAUGGUGUCUUUUGCAACUGAAACCAAUGGUGAAAUUUCCCCCACACAGAUUUUGCAGAUGUUUCUGAGUUCAAGCACAUAUCCUGAAAUCCAUGGCUUCUUACAUGCAAAAGAACAGGGAAAGAAGUCCUGGAAAAAGGUUUACUUCCUGUUAAGAAGAUCUGGUUUAUAUUUUUCUACUAAAGGGACAUCAAAGGAACCCCGACAUUUGCAAUUUUUCAGCGAAUUUGGCAAUAGUGAUAUAUAUGUGUCACUGGCAGGCAAAAAAAAACACGGAGCACCAACUAACUACGGAUUCUGCUUUAAGCCUAACAAAGCAGGAGGGCCCCGAGACCUGAAAAUGCUCUGUGCAGAAGGAGAGCAGAGUAGGACGUGCUGGGUGACUGCGAUUAGAUUGCUUAAGUAUGGCAUGCAGCUCUACCAGAAUUACAUACAUCCAUUUCAAGGUAGAAGUGGCUGCAGCUCUCAGAGUCUGUCACCCCUGAGAAGUAUAUCAGAGAAUUCCCUGGUAGCCAUGGACUUCUCAGGUCAGAAAAGCAGAGUUAUAGAAAACCCGACAGAAGCCCUUUCUGUUGCAGUCGAAGAAGGACUGGCUUGGAGGAAAAAAGGAUGCUUACGCCUGGGCAUCCAUGGUAGUCCCACUGCUUCUCUGCAGAGUUCAGCCGCAACCUUGGCUAUCCACCGCUCCCAACCAUGGUUUCACCACAGAAUUUCUAGAGAGGAAGCUCAACGACUGAUUAUUCAGCAAGGAUCUGUAGAUGGAGUUUUCUUGGUACGAGAUAGUCAGAGUAACCCCAAAACUUUUGUACUGUCAAUGAGUCAUGGACAAAAAAUAAAGCACUUUCAAAUUAUACCAGUUGAAGACAACGGUGCAAUGUUCCAUACACUAGAUGAUGGACACACAAGAUUUACAGAUCUGAUUCAGUUGGUGGAGUUCUAUCAGCUCAAUAAAGGUGUUCUUCCUUGCAAGUUGAAGCAUUAUUGUGCUAGGAUUGUUAUUUAGACAAACCAGAAGUGACCUGUGAAACUAUUGAAGGAAAAAAGGACUUAAGAAGAAAAGUAAAAGAACAAGACCUUAAGUAAGGGUGAACAUGUUACCCAUGAGCAAAAGAAUGUAAUUCAUCCACAAGUUAAAAAGAAAUAGUUGUGCAUUACAAAUAAGCAAAGACUUGGAUUGAUAGUACAUAUACCAUUUAAAGUUCAUUCAUUAAAAUUAAA